AUGUCUGACACAGAGGAAGUUGAUGUUGAGGGUCUAUCCUCCCAUUCGGCUUUUAGUAUCCUAGCUCGUCUUUUUUCUCUUUCUAUUUUCCCUGAUUGCUUGAUACAUGUGACUUUAGAAGAGGUAGAAAAUGUAGAGGUAGCCCCAGAGGCUGAGCCUGAGGAAGAACCUGAACCUGAACCUGAAGCAGAACCAGAGGUGUAUGAGGAAGAAGCCUAUGAAGAGGAAGAAAAGCCUAAAUUCAAGCCCAGUGCACCAAAAAUCCCUGACGGAGAGAAAGUGGACUUUGACGACAUCCAGAAAAAACGGCAGAAUAAGGAUCUUUUCGAGCUGCAAGCACUAAUUGAUGCACACUUUGAGUGCAGGAAAAAAGAGGAGGAGGAGCUUAUUGCUCUGAAGGAGAGAAUUGAAAACCGUAGGGCUGAGAGGGCUGACCACCAGAGGAUCUGUGCAGAGAAGGACAAAGAACGUCAAGCAAGACGUGAGGAGGAGAGGCUGAGAAAAGAGGAAUUGGAUGCAAAGAGGAAAGCCGAAGAGGAUGCUAAGAAAAAGUCUGUUCUGUCCAGCAUGGGCUCCAACUUCAGCAGCCACUUGCAAAAGGCUGACCAAAAGAAAGGAAAGAAGCAGACCGAGAGAGAGAAAAAGAGAAAGAUUUUGGCUGAGAGACGCAAACCUCUAAACAUUGAUCAUCUGAAUGAAGACAAGCUGAGGGAUAAGGCAAAGGAGCUUUGGGAAUGGAUGUGCACUCUUGAGUCAGAGAAGUUUGACCACAUCGAGAAGCUAAAGAGGCAAAAGUAUGAGGUCAUCUCACUUCGCAACCGUAUUGAUGAGCUGCAGAAGCACUCCAAGAAGGGUGCUGCAGCUCGUCGCAGAAAGUAAGCAGUACACUAAGAAAAUUGCACUGCUCCAUAUUCACUUAGCUUUUCCAACAUUUCUUGCUUUUACACAGCAAUGUUCAGAUUCAGCCUUACAUAUCCAGUACCUUUUUUCAGCCCAGUCUAUUCACCAUCUUAUAACUGUUUUUCAAUCUCUUGGCAUGUAAAUAAACUCGUAGUUC